GGUGGCGCUAAAAUGCAUUUUCCAAGAAUGACGAUUUCGCGUCCUCUCAUAUUAAUCGAAUGUCGAUCUGGAAGACUGGUAGUGACGAGCGCCGAUCGCGUAGAGCAGGAUGCAGACUGGCUGCAGGAUGGCCCUGUCCAGAGGGCUGCGGUGCUGCCAGCGGGUCUUUUCAUGGGUGCCGGUCGUCAUCAUCUGGUCCGUGGUGCUGUGGUCCUACUACGCCUACGUGUGGGAGCUGUGUCUGGUGACUGUACAAAAUACUUUGGAAAAAGCGGCCUACCUGCUCGUCUUUCAUGUAGUUUUCCUGCUUUUUGCUUGGACGUAUUCUAAAGCAAUUUUCACCCUUCCAAAGCAGCCAACAAAAAAGUUUCUCCUGCCCUAUGCGGAGAAGGAGCGUUAUGACAUUGAGGAACGUCCGGAGGUUCAGCGACAGAUCCUAGCUGAGUUUGCAAAGAAGUUGCCGGUUUAUACCCGUACAGGAAGUGGAGCAAUACGUUUUUGUGACCGAUGCCAGGUGGUAAAGCCUGAUCGGUGCCAUCAUUGCUCAGUCUGUGGAAUGUGUGUCUUGAAAAUGGAUCAUCAUUGCCCCUGGGUGAACAACUGCAUUGGAUUCUCAAACUACAAGUUCUUUCUCUUAUUCCUGGCGUAUUCCAUGCUGUACUGUUCAUACAUUGCUUCUACUGUUUUCAAAUACUUCCUCUUAUACUGGACUACAGAGCUAACAAAUAACCGCGCAAAAUUCCAUGUGCUUUUCCUACUCUUUGUCUCAUUAAUGUUCUUCAUCAGCCUCAUGUUUCUUUUUGGAUACCAUUGCUGGCUUGUGGGACUAAACAGAACCACCCUUGAGGCAUUUUCAGCCCCAGUGUUCUCCAGUGGUCCUGAUAAGAAAGGCUUCCACUUGGGCAUACGAAGGAAUCUGGAGCAAGUAUUUGGGAAGAGGAAAAAGCUUUGGUUAAUUCCUGCUUUCACAAGCAUUGGGGAUGGACUUUCAUUUCCAAUGAGAAUGGUGUCGGAAUCUCAAAACCCUCUUCUGGGCAGAGUGAAUCAAUGGGAUGAUGAAGGCUCAGAUGAGGAGAACCCAGUUGCUCUUGAGUCAUCGCACGUCAUCCUAGACAUGGACACAUAGUCAUCUGCAGAUGAUAAGCUGGGAAUUAUGAAGAUUUGGGGCCAGAACACUCGAAAUAUUGCACAUAACAUCCCCAGCAGCCCACUGUGGCCCAUCCAGACAGCACGGCACAGCUGCAGGACCCCGUCCUUCCUCAGGAAUGGUUCAGACUGUGCUCUGCUCUUCAUUUUGGGCAGUUGUAUGUAUUCAGUGGGUGGGGGAAGAGGAACAGGACCAUAUUUAUUAAAACUCUGCGCAUUCUUUCUAUGCAAGAGGAGGUUUCAGUUCCAGAGUGAUAAUGUGCUUUAACUUUUUAAUAUUCUAAUUUAUUGAUAGUCUAGCUAUUUUUGGUCUUUAUAUUUACUUGGAAUCUGAUGCUGGAAGGGCAUUUAAUUGUAAAUUCUUAAAGCAAUGACAGAAUCUUAAUCUGUGUAAAAAUGACAUUGGAAACUGUUGGAAUCUGCACACAAUUUCCAGUAUAGAUUGGGGAAUAUUUCAUGUGUUUUGUAAAUGAUAUAUUUUGCGCACGGUAGAACAAUGCUGGGAGAGAUCAAAGCCGACUUGGUAUCUCAUCUGCCUGCUUUGUUCCCUAUCUCACUCUAAAUCCAUUGCAAUUCCUGUACCAAAGCAUUACCUUUGAUGUAUCCUGGAUCAUAGAGUAGAGAAAACGUGCAGUACAUGCUCAUACAGAAACAUUCCUGUAUUCCGGUAUCCCUUUGUCCAAAAACUCCCAUAGGCCACUUGUUUUCAGUGAGGAACUGCAGAAUAGUUAUCUACAAAUAAGUUUUACAUACUUUUUCUAUGAUUGUUAUUUCAGAAUACUUGAUACUUUACCACUUGAUUACAUUAAUACCGGAUUAAAGGAAGGUUUCUGCAUUAUCCUGAAUGCACCACAGUUGCCUGGAAAUAAAUAAACUGUGUUUUAUACAUAAUCCUGCCCGACACAGUACAAACAUCAUGCCUAGGAUGACAUCUGUUGGAAUGCCUUCAUGGCACUUAUAUGCUUUAUUCCUCACUGUUGCUGGGGCUACUGAUCCCUACAUGUCAUGUGCUAAAAAAAAAACAAAAUAUAAAGGGAACACUAAGAUAACACAUCCUAGAUCUGAAUGAAUGAACUAAUCGUAUGAAAUACUUUCGUCUUUACAUAAUUUGUGUGAUUUUGUCAGCACAUUCAACUAUCAAUGGAAAUCAAAUUUAUCAACCCAUGGAGGUCUGGAUAUGGAGUCACACUCAAAAUCAAAGUGGAAAACUACACUACAGGCUGAUCCAACUUUGAUGUAAUGUCCUUAAUACAAGUCAAAAUGAGGCUCAGUAGUGUGUGUGGCCUCCACGUGCCCGUAUGACAUCCCUACAACCCCUGGGCAUGCUCCUGAUGAGGUGAGGGAUGUCCUCCCAGACCUGGACUAAAGCAUCCGCCAACUCCUGGACAGUCUGUGGUGCAACGUGGCGUUGGUGGAGGGAGCAAGACAUGACGUCCCAUAUGUGCUCAAUCAGAUUCAGGCCUGGGGAACGGGCGGGCCAGUCCAUAGCAUCAAUGCCUUCCUCUUGCAGGAACGGUUGAUACACUCCAGCCACAUGAGGUCUAGCAUUGUCUUUCAUUAGGAGGAACCCAGGACCACCCGCACCAGCAUAUGGUCUCACAAGGGGUCUGAGGAUCUCAUCUCGGUACCUAAUGGCAGUCAGGCUACCUCUGGCAAGCACAUGGAGGGCUGUGCGGCCCCCCAAAGAAGUGCCACCCCACACCAUUACUGACCCACCGCCAAACCGAUCAUGUUGGAGGAUGUUGCAGGCAGCAGAAAGUUCUCCAUGGUGUCUCCAGACUCUGUCACAUGCUCAGUGUGAACCUGCUUUCAUCUGUGAAGAGCACAGGGCGCCAGUGGCGAAUUUGCCGAUCUUGGUGUUCUCUGGCAAAUUCCAAACGUCCUGCACAGUGUUGGGCUGUAAGCACAACCCCCACCUGUGGACGUUGGGCCCUCAUACCACCCUCAUGGAGUCUGUUUCUGAUUGAGUGGACACAUUCACAUUUGUGGCCUGCUGGAGGUCAUUUAUGUGGGUUGUAGACUUUGUCUCUUGCUUCCACUAGAGUGAAAGCACCACCAGCAUUCAAAAGUGACCAAAACUUCAGCCAGGAAGCAUAGGAACUGAGAAGUGGUCUGUGGUCACCACCUGCAGAACCACUCCUUUAUUGGGGGUGUCUUGCUAAUUGCCUAUAAUUUCCACCUGUUGUCUGUUCCAUAUGCACAACAGCAUGUGAAAUUGAUUGUCAAUCAGUGUUGCUUCCUGAGUGGACAGUGUGAUUUCACGGAAGUGUAAUUGACUUGGUGUUACAGUGUGUUGUUUAAGUGUUCUCUUUAUUUUUUUGCGCAGUGUAUUUUACUGUAUGUUCAUUUGUUUUCUCAUUGACCAGUUUUCUAGUCUACUGCUAUGUUCACUUUUUAAUAUAGGGUCGAUAACAGGGAAAAAAGACUCUUGCUGCUUUCCUUUAGUUAUUAGAACUGCUAAAGCUGCCCCCUUAAAGGCUAUGUUCUGAUAGUAUUUGGGUUGUUUUAUGGCCCGCAAAUCUGUAUUUGUAACAACUUUACAUAGCCAUAUUUUGGGCUGUAGCUUUUGCUAAGUCCUAAAUAAAAUAACAAAAAAACAGUCCCUAUGUUUCAACUAAACAGAAGCUGACAGUUUCAGAUGUUUUUUUUUUGCAAAAGCAAUGGCCAUUUUUGACCUGCAAAAUACAGCCAAAAACUUUUUAAAGUAUUUUUUCUAGUUGUGCUCAGGCACAUGCUAUAAAUAAAGAAUGUUUACUAGAAGGAAAAGAGAGAGCUGCUAAAUAGCUGCUGUGCAUAUCCUUCUCAGAAUUCUCAGUAAAGCCUGGAUAGCUUACGGAUAUGUUCACACGGCGGAAUUCCGUGAGCGGAAGUCCGCGAGUGAAAUUCCGCACAGUGAAUGUUAGCAUCUGUGUUAAUGGGUCUUCCGUGAGAGGCGGACAAUUCGCGGAAUUCGGCGGAGAUCCAGCCUGGCAGCUGGCGGCGGCGGUAGGACCGCGUGGCACUGCGCAGUCACCAUUGAUGGCUAUGCAGUGCUCGCGGACUU